AUGAUGGCAAAACCCUGGAACGAGCACCGUGAGGUUAUCACCAAGUUGUAUAUCGACGAAGGGAGGACACUCGAGGACACACGCAACAUCAUGAGGGAUCAAUACAACUUUCAUGCAUCAAUUCGAUCUUAUCGACAACACUUUGACAAAUGGCAAAUUGGCAAGUAUAACUGCAAGAAGCGUGACAGGCGUCGUCGUCAACCCCUCAGCAAAAACCUCCCACUCUCCCCACCACACUCUCCAUCAGACGUGCCAGGAGAGGGAGAACGCAGCUCGCCAGCAUCAUCCUCCAGCUCGAUGAGCCGACGCUCCUCUGAACAGAAGUCAUUGCCUGUUCUGAAGCAGCCUCAAGCGUACACGGCCUACUUCUAUGACCAUGUUCAAGCUCAGGACGAUCCGCAGAUCAAAAUUGAGAGCAAUGGCCGGGAGCCGCUUUAUGAGAGCUUGGUAACUAACUCGUUCCGCAACUCGAGCGUUGCUGAUGGAAUGUUGCCGCCAACUGUACCUGUCCAGGCUUAUCCCGAUUCUGCAGGCUGGCCUGCUCAUCGAGGAGCGCGACCCUCGUACCGCGCAAGCCCUCCACAGGGGUAUUGUCCAACAUCUUUGCAAGACACGGUACCGCGGUAUGUGCCUGAGACAACGCUGUAUCCUCGGGACGCAGAGUUUCGGACAGGGUUGCGAGCUCCCGACAUUUCAAUCGAAAGAAGUCAUAGAGGAACAGACAGUAUGAUCAACCAUAUGGCCAACUAUCAGAACAUGGCUCGAGGCUGA